CUGCGCUGUUCAGUGAAGAAAGGACUGCAAAAUGAAUUCUUUAAAUGUAACCCUCGCCAAUGAAGACAACUCAACGACAGUUGAAGAAAUCGAAAAGAUGUCCCCUUUAAUGAUGAACAUAUUUUACUGCCUGUACGCAACAAUCUUUACGCUGGCGUUUGUAGGAAACAUAUUUGCGCUCAUAACAUGCUACAAGACUUACAAAGUCACGACCUCUGUGUUAUUUUGCUUCAUCGCAAGUUUAGCUGGGGCCGACUUAAUGUUUACGUUGUUAUCCAUUUUUGACUUGAUCGCUUUCAUUGGUCAGGGUGACUGGUUUGGUGGAGAUCCCGUGUGCAAGAUUCAGAGUUUCCUCAUCGAGUCCUGUUACACAGUGUCUAUUUUGACCUUAGUAGCAAUCAGUUACGAGCGUCUGAAAGCUGUUUCUUCCCCCGUUCUGGCGCGUGCGCAGCCGACUGAUAACCGUUCAAUAAUCCUCAAGAUUAUUUGGGUGGUUGGAAUUGCAUCCUGUACCCCUUUGCUGUACGCUUACUACGUGAAAAGAGACGAAAACAGUGGCCUGUCAUUAUGCCUCAAUGAAAACAUGGGGGAUGAUGGAAGACAAAUUUACUACGCGAUCCAAGCUGUGCUGCUCUUUCUGUUGCCUCUGGGGACUAUGAUCUGGGCGCAUGUCAAGAUUUUUCUGCAUCUCUCGAACCACGCGAGGACAAGAAUCAGUCUUAGAGCGAAAUCCGGAGAUGGACUUCAACAGAAGAAAGUCACUAAAAUGCUGGCCAUAGUAACCCUUGUCUUUUUCAUUUGCUAUGGGCCAUUUAUGGUCAUACGCACUCUAAGGUACUUUUAUGUGUAUAACGGUGAUGCCGUGUGGCGGUUGAGUCAAAUGAUGAUUUUUGGACAGGCUGCCGUCAAUCCUAUCCUUUACUGCUUUUGCAGCAAGCAGUUUCGUUUCUCUUACAAAGACUUGAUUCGCUGCCGCGGCUUCCGGAAAACUGAUACGAGAAAACUAAGGUCAGCCUCAACGAAAUCAAGCUCAAGCGUUCGGUCACAGAACACUUGUGGAAUGAACGAAUUUAGUACAGGGCAGGUUAAUCAUAUUUAGUUAUAAUGCCAAAAACACCGAUUGAAAAUUAGAAAUGAAAUUGUAUGAAUUGCUUCGAACCUCCUUCGAAAAAUAACUUCACUUAAGUUAGAGAGACGGGAAAAGAAAUCCUACACGAAAGUUCCGCUUCUUAAGUAAUUUCAAGAGAAUUACUCAGCUAAUUUUGAGAACUUUAGAACUCGCGAUAAACUACUGCUUAAUCACUGGUAAGUUUUACUGUUACACGUAAUGAAAAUUAUAUAUCAUAAUUUCUUCCCUAAUGUCACGUACAAGUAGGUCUAUAAAUGUAAUAUCCUGUCUUCUUUGACCUUCUCUGACAGACCAUGAAAGACUGCAAGACAACGUGCACGUACUUGUUAAGAAUUGUUCUAACAUUCAUGAUAUUGAUUGAGGUCUGUUAAGUGUUUAAUCUCUUUAAUUUUAAUUUCUUAAGAGUGAGCUCUUGACAUAUUUUGGUUUCUUAAGAUUUCAGCAGGAGACCGAUCAACCAUAUUACUUAUUCAGUAUUCACCAAUGAAUCAGUAAUUUCUGUGUGGAUCAAAAGAGAGGGUUACUAUACAAAUUGAAUGCACGGAGUAAACGAGGAAUUAAAACUUAAGAAAAUAAAUAAAGUUGCAAAGGAGACUUAUUGUUUUA